CAUCUCACGCGCAAUUCGUAUUGUAUUGCACAAUCUCUCCGACUCCUUAUUUCCUCUGGGGAUCUUCAGUCUUCGCAAGAGAUCUCUCUCUUUCCAUUUCUUUUUUUCUUAGAUCUCAUUACUUCACAACUGUACCUUUCAAUCCCUGUAAAGCUGUAUUUGGAUUGUCAUUUCCAUCUCCUUUAUCUCCUUUCUUCCUUUCUGAUCCACUUUCCCGAAAAAAUUAACCCCUUUAAUCUCCCCUGCUUUUCUCUCUCGCCAAACACAGGCUUAGGCAUCCGCUUCACCUUCUGUUCUUUCUUAUGAUGGGGUUUCGGUCUUGCCCUAGACUUCUCCUUCUUUCAUUCUUCCUACUUCUGGCUCUUCCUUGCAUCGCUGCUCAGGAAUCUGUGGAGGAAAAUGAGAAGGAAAAAUCAUCUGUAUCGCUUGAUCUGGGCCGCCGUGGCAUGAUACUUGCCAAUGACCUUGACAUCAAUUCUGUUGGUCUUGGACUUCAAGUGGACUCUGGUCUUGGAAUUUUUGAUGCAUUUAUUGCGAGCUUGUCCAUGAUUAUCGUCAGCGAGAUUGGGGAUGAGACUUUUAUAAUAGCAGCUCUCAUGGCAAUGCGCCAUCCCAAGUCGAUUGUCUUGUCUGGUGCUCUGACUGCCUUGAUUGUUAUGACAGUACUUUCUACUGGAUUAGGUAGGAUUGUGCCAAAUUUGAUAUCAAGAAAGCAUACAAAUAGUGCUGCCACAGUCCUUUAUGCAUUUUUUGGGCUGCGAUUACUUUACAUUGCCUGGAGAUCAGAUUCAAAAUCAUCCCAGAAAAAAGAAAUGGAAGAAGUAGAGGAAAAGCUUGAAGCAGGGCAAGGGAAAACAAGUUUCCGCCGCUUCUUUUCUAGAUUUUGUACCCCAAUAUUUUUGGAGUCAUUCAUAUUAACCUUUCUAGCUGAGUGGGGAGAUCGUAGCCAGAUUGCAACAAUUGCUCUGGCAACCCACAAAAAUGCAAUUGGUGUAGCUGUGGGGGCUACAUUAGGACACACAAUCUGCACUUCCCUGGCAGUUGUGGGAGGAAGCAUGCUAGCAUCUAAGAUCUCGCAAGGGACAGUUGCUACAAUUGGUGGCUUGCUUUUUCUUGGCUUUUCUUUAUCUUCUUAUUUCUAUCCUCCUCUAUAAGGAUGAUAUUGAAGGCUAACCUGAUUCUUUUCUUAGUCUUUGUUAACUUCAAUGCAGUUUUCAUUUUUCCGUUCUAAAGUUUUUGUUUUGUCGAAAAUGGUUUUCUACCUACUAAUUGACGCCAGACUGUUCUACUUAUUCUUUUGUAUAAUUAGUAUAUAUUAAUGUCUUAAAUGUGUUUUUUGUUUAA